CCAAACACUCAGAAAAUGUUUUUACAUGCUGCAUUUAAAGGAAGUGGACCACCAGUGGAAAACUAUGUUCCAAGCUCUGAACCAGAUGGUUUUCAAGUGUUGGAGGCAGCACCAGACAGCCAUAAAUUUAAGUUGACAAUGUUCCAGCCAACAGACCCAACUCACUUUUAUCGUACUGUGCGUAAAGAGAUGAAGCUUUUGAAAACAUCCUUACCAUCGGGUAUAUGGGUUCGAGGAUAUGAAGACCGCAUGGAUUUGUAUUCUGUCAUGAUCCGUGGACCAGAACGAACUCCUUAUGAAGAUGGGCUCUUUUUCUUUGACUUCCAGCUGUCGGCAGAUUAUCCUCGUGCACCUCCAUUGUGUCACUACGUCACCUAUUGCUCGGAUAAAUUAAAUCCUAACCUUUAUGAAGAUGGGAAGGUUUGCAUCUCUCUCCUUGGUACGUGGAGUGGAAAGGGAACUGAAGUUUGGACUAGUCAGAGUAACCUCCUUCAAGUUAUCAUAUCUAUACAAGGUUUAAUCCUAGUCAGUGAACCAUACUUUAAUGAAGCAGGCUAUGAACGGCAGAAAGGAACUCAACAAGGGAGGGAAAAUUCUAGGAUGUAUAAUGAAAUGGUUGUUUUGAAACUGAUCCAAGCUAUGGCCAAAGUGAUUCAGAGUCCACCUGACAUAUUCAGAAAUGAAAUCAUUCAUCAUUUUCAGAAAAAAGCAUAUAAGCUGGUACAAAGGCUGGAGUGUUGGCUCGAGAUAUCUGAGAACCACAACAAGUUGCAUCCUCUGUCCCCUACUACGCCAACAACCUUUAGAGAGAUUCAUCGUUCUGGUAAGUACUAUUUCAUAUAUGUGUUCCUACAGACCUAAUAUUAUUAUUAUUAUUAUUAUU